AGAAUUCCCGAGAAUUACUCGCACUUACAAAAUGGAGGACGUCACGAGAGUUGUUAAGGACGUCCUAAAGACAGUUGCACCUUAUUUAGAAGAUGCCCGUGUAAAAGUAAAUGGUGUGUGUGAUCAGAUAGAAGGAUGGCAAAUAAUUGCUUAUACUUUUGGUUUCACGCUGAUUCUGGUAUCCUUGUACAACUUCAUAUUUGAUGAAGAAAAAAGUUUAACAUUCAGAAUAAAGAGAUCUUUCUUCAAAUUUGUGAAAAGAUUACCAAUAAUCAAAGAUCAGAUUGCUAAAGAGAUUGACAAAAAUGCCAAAGGAGUUGAAGAAGGCUUUCAGAAAGGUGUUGGCAAGAUGAAAUACAUUCAUAAGCUGCCGGCAAAGGGCUUGUCAGAGAAAAAAAUCAUGGAUGAGCUUGACAGAUACCAUUCAUUAGUGAAGGUAGACUGGUCUAAAGGCAUGGUGUCAGGAGCAGUGUACAAUGGUGAAGAUAAUCUUACAAAUGUACUUGUUGAGGCAUACAGAAAGUUUGCCUGGACCAAUCCACUUCACCCUGACUUGUUCCCAGAUAUACGUAAGAUGGAAGCAGAGGUUGUCCGUAUGUGCUGUAGUAUGUUCAAUGGAGAUGAAAAAUCCUGUGGUUCUGUGACAUCAGGAGGUACAGAGAGUAUCCUGCUAGCAUGUCUUGCCUACAGAAACAGAGCUAGGGAAAAUGGUAUCAAAUUUCCAGAAAUAAUAGUUCCAGUAACAGCACAUGCAGCAUUUGAUAAGGCAGCAGAGUUUUUCCACAUGAAGAUGACACAUAUACCAGUGGACCCUGUUACGUGUAAAGUUGAUAUCAGAAAAAUGAGGCGAGCGAUCAAUAAAAAUACAUGCUUGUUGGUCGGAUCAGCUCCCCAGUUUCCACAUGGUUCAAUUGACCCAUUAGAAGACAUUGCAGCUCUUGGUAAGAAGUAUAACAUUCCAGUACAUACAGAUUGUUGUCUGGGAGGUUUUCUGGUUCCCUUCAUGGAGAAAGCUGGAUUCUCUGUGCCGAUAGUCGACUUUAGAGUACCAGGCAUUACCAGUAUAUCUGCAGAUACUCACAAGUAUGGUUUUGCUCCAAAGGGUUCCUCUGUAAUAUUGUACAGCGAUAAGGACUACAGAAAGCACCAGUUCUUUGUUCAGCCAGACUGGCCUGGUGGUAUCUAUGCUUCCCCAACUCUUGCAGGCAGUAGAUCAGGUGCUGUAAUAGCAUCAUGUUGGGCAGCUAUGAUGUACUUCGGAGAGUCAGGGUAUGUGGAGACUACCAAGAAGAUUGUCACAACAACUAGAUAUAUAGCACAGGAAUUGAGUAAGAUCAAAGGUAUAUAUGUACUUGGUGAGCCACAGGUGUCAGUGGUUUCUAUAGCGUCACAUGACUUCAACAUCUUUCGUUUGUCAGAUGCUCUAGCAGAUACUGGAUUCAGUCUUAACCCACUGCAGUUUCCUUCAAGUAUUCAUCUUUGUUGUACACUGAUUCACACCCACCCAGGAGUGGCAGAUAAUUUUAUCAAAGAAGUAAAGAAAGCUGUAGCGGAGAUAAUGAAAGAUCCCAAGGCGAAAUGUGGUGGAAUUGGUGCUAUCUAUGGCAUGGCGCAAUCUAUCCCGGAUCGCUCAAUGGUGUCUGAGAUUGCUGGUCUGUUUCUUGAUGCAUGCUACAGUACCAAGGACCCAGAACCCGAGAAGAACGGGAAGGUGAAUGGAAAACACUAACUACAGGACCACUUAUUGCAGUCUAUCUUAUCUUAGGUGCUGUGAACUUAAUGAAAAUAUGAAAUUUAUGAUAAAGGUUCAUGGAACUGUUGAAUGAAAUUUUGAUAAUCAGUGAGUUGAAUCAAGAUCUCAGUGUUCAAAAAAUAGAUAUUGUAAUGCUUGCAUAUACAAACUGCUUUUGUAAACAUUGCUUAAUAAGCACAAUUAUUUCCUUGUUAUGAUUUUUUUUUAAUGAAUAGUCCUUGUAGAUCUGUAAGUUCAGACAGGCUAUACCUUGCAAGAGAGAUCUGUGUUUUAGGUUUUUAUUUAUAUAAAAUUGGCCUCAUACAGAAAAUAUGUAUGAUGCUAGUGAACAAAUUUUUUACAGGUUGAUAAUAAGUAUAAUAUUGGUUUAAGUGUACUAAGAAUGUUGUUACACAAAUUGUUGAUGUUUUUUUAAUCCAUUUUAGAUAAUCCACAUUCAUUACAAUGUGAUAUAAGAGCUUUAAGACCAAGAACAAGGACAUUGUCAGUUGUAGGGCUAUAAGAGAUUCAGAUUUGAUAUUGUUAAUGUCUAAUUCUUCCAUAAAUAAAAUGCCAUGUUAUGAUAUUAUGAAUGUUUAUGCAUUAAGAAUAGAACUUGGUUUGUACACUGCAAACUGGUACCAGGUGAUGGACUUGUUUCUACACUACAAAUGGGUACCAGCUAGUGGACUUGUCUCUGCACUGCAAACUGGUACCAGCUGGUAUGUGAAGUGUAAGCUGUAGCUGUUUGCAGUAUUGGGGCAGAAUUGAAUAGAUCAUGUGAUCUAGAAUGAUAUUAGUCUGUGAUUGUAUCCAUGGACCAUUAGAGGCUUGAACACAAGACAGUGGCAACUUCACUAUGGUCAGGGCAGGCAGAAAUCUACAAUGUGUUAAUGAAUUUAUUAUUGCCUUGUAGUCAAAUCUCACCUGAGAUUUUAAUCAGCCAUUUUGAAAUGCCGAAAAAGAUUAAAUUUUCUACAAAUGAUAGAUGUACCAACACAUACCUUUUUGAACAAAAUGCCAGUGAGUAAUGCAACAUAAAUACCUUUUGCAUUUUAUGUUCAGAGUCUUGCACAUAUGUUAAGUGAAACAUUGAGGAGAAAUGGCCAGUUUAUAUUUAUUUACAAUUAUAUAGGCAUGUAAGUCAAAGUAAUUUUAUAAUGUACAAAUCUCCCAGAUAAUCAGAUUUAAUAAAAAUGAAACUGUCAUUUUGAUGGUGAUGUUAUACAAGUUGAAACUGUCUUGUAUUUAAGUUUUAUGUUGUUAUAUGUAUAUUCACAUUGCUUAUCUUAUUUUGUUACUGUGUAAUUUGUUGCAUUUAUACAAAGUGUAAUAUUUUGGCAUAUUCCACCUUCUGGAAAUAUUGCUGCAUUUCAAUGCAAGUUUCUUUGAACUACAGUUAUUUCUCUUAUUUUACUGGAAAUGUUUAUGGCUUCAUCAUCAUUGAACAGGGAAUGUUUUUGCUGUCUUGUUUUCUUGUUUUAUUUUUAGCUGACCUGUCACAUUGUGACAGGGUGAGCUUUUGUGAUCGCCCUUCGUCCGUUGUCCGUCCACAAUUUCUUGUCUGCACCGUAGUGGUUUCAUUUAUGAUUUUAUUUUAACUAAACUUGCAUACAACUUGUAUCACCAUAAGAUCUUGGUUCCUUUUCUGAACUGGCGAGAUCCCAUUAUCGGUUCCAGAGUUACGGCCUCUGAAAGGGCCAAAAUUAGCUAUUUUGACCUUGUCUGCACAAUAGCAGAUUUAUUUAUGAUUUGAUUUUUACCAAACUUGCACACAACUUGUAUCACCAUAAGAUCUCGGUUCCUUUCUUGAACUGGCGAGAUUCCGUUAUGGGUUCCAGAGUUAUGGCCCCUGAAAGGGCCAGAAUUAGCUAUUUUGACCUUGUCUGCACAAUAGCAGAUUUAUUUAUGAUUUGAAUUUAAUCAAACUUGCACACAACGUGUCACCAUAAGAUCUCAGUUCCUUUAUUGAACUGGCCAGAUCCCAUAAUGGUUUCCAGAGUUAUGGCCCCUGAAAGGGCCAAAAUUAGCUAUUUUGACCUUGUCUGCACAAUAGCAGCUUCAUUUAUGAUUUGAUUUUAACCAAACUUGCACACAACUUGUAUCACCACAAGAUCUUGCUUCCUUUCUUGAACUGGCGAGAUUCCAUUAUGGGUUUCAGAGCUAUGGCCCCUGAUAGGGCCAGAAUUAGCUAUUUUGACCUUGUCUGCACAAUAGCAGCUUCAUUUAUGAUUUGAAUUUAAUCAAACUUGCACAAAAACAUGUGUCAACAUAAGAUCUUGGUUCCUUUCGUGAUCUGGCCAGAUCCCAUAAUGGGUUCCAGAGUUAUGGCCUCUUUAUGUUACUAUAAAUAGCUUAUUUAGUAACUUUUUUUUUAUUGGCCGUAGGGAAAAACCAAGACCACUUUCCUGUGGUACAACAUUGAUGGUACCUCCAAUUUAUAGGUGUAUUUUGACAUAUCUGUACCUUUAGGAAAAUUUCAACUAUAUUUCUCAUGAUUCUUUUAAUUGAUCUUGAUUAUGAUUUUUUGACCUUCUUGUCCUUAAGUGCAAUAAUGACAGGUGAGCGAUAUAGGGCCAUAAUGGCCCUCUUGUUUUAAUUUAUGCAAAAGUUUAUUUUAGUCAAACAAUAGUGUAAUUAUUUCUUAUUUAUUUAUGAAUGAGUGGACUAUGUUAUUUUCUAUGUACUAAGUUUGGUCAUUAUCUCAUAUAUAACAUGUUCUUACCAACUUUUACAUCAUCUGACUUACUAAGAAGAGAAUAUUUUUAGAUAAAACCUGAUUGUCCUCUUUUUUUCUCGUGUUUUUCUGAUAUGUUUUGCGCAUAUGUUCACUGGUCAUUAUAAUAUACCUCAGAUUUUUUACACUUGUUUAUGUAUGAGGAAAAAAUUGUUUUAUAAUUUGCGGAGAAUGGCUGAAAAUGUAAACAGACAGACUGACAUUACUUUGUGAAAAUUGCCACGUGUUUCACAGAUAAUACAUAGUUUUAAAACAGAUUUUAUUUGUUGUUUCUGUUUUUGUAUAUGCUUUGCCCAGCAGGAUUGUAUGAUAACAUUUGUUUAACUGUUGACCCUAACCAUGCUGAAUACGAUUGAUUCUGCCUUUGCGACCAGUGCAGAUUAUGAUCAGCCUGCACAUCCAUGCAGUCUGAUCAUGAUUUGCACUGUUCACUAUUCAGUCAGUAAUGUCUUGUUAUGCACCCCUUUUAACAGUUAAUGGUACUGUCCAAAUUGAAAGAUGGACAAGUUCAUUAUAGAAAUUUAGCAGUGUAAUGGUUAAGAUAUUUCUGGCUUUGCUUUUCGACCAGAAUAGUCAUACAAGUUCAGUUAUUUCUUUGAUAUUAAAUUUGUACAUUGCAAAUUUUACAGAUAAAGUUAUGUAGUAAUUUUCUUUUUUAGUUUGAAUUUGAUAUCAUAAAAUCCUUGAAAAAUAACCCCUAGAAAUAUUAAUGAUUGCAUGGUGUAUUUGUUAUAAGAAUAACAAUGUUUUUUAUGCAAGGUUUGUGGCUUGUUAAAUUAUUAAGUCUCAGUAUGGUCUGGCUGUAAAACUUGUAAAAAUAGCAAAAAAAAAACAAACAAAAAAACGUAUGAUUUUGGCAUCAGAUUUGUAUUCAGAUAUUCUUACUUUUCUUUAAAUAAAACCAUUUUGUAACUUUUUUUCUGAAAAUAUGUUUACACCAGAUCUGGCAAUGAUUGUUAUUGGCAAGAAGUAUAAUUUUAAUAACAAAUGAAAUGACAAAUCUUAUAAAUUCCAUGACAGUACUGUAAAAUGUCUUAUUUUCUGUUAUACAGUGAAGAUGGUUGACCUAUCAGAAAAGUGAUUGCAAUAAUGUUAUUAAGGUAGUUAUGCACGUUUGAUAAACCGGAAGUGAUGGCGUUACGUCAUUUAUCCGGAAAACAUAGAAUAAAGCCUGGAUUUGGCGUACGGAAAUGAAAAUUAUUUUAUGAAUAAUUCGAAACCUGUGAGUAGAUUUAUUACAAUGACACUGUUCCUAUAUUUCUAAAGUCAAAAUAUGAUAUUAAAACAUAUGACAUGUUAAAUAAUUCAAAAUAAUGUCUUAAAAUUAGCGUGAAAUGUCCGGUUCACUUUAAUCGUGGUCAGGUAUCUCAAAAAUAAGCACACGGACCUAUACAUUUUAUUUCAUCAAAUGAUAGACCAUGUGUUUAUUUACAACUGUGAGAAGUUUCAUCAAAAUCUACAUUGUAGAAAAAAUUCUAUUAGCGAAAAUGUUAUGAAAGGGUAUGAUUUCCCAUAGACUCCCAUUGUGAAAUAUUGCAUGAGGUCCAAAUUUUUCAAAUCAGUCUAGCAAAAAUUCAAGCACACGACCCUGUCAUUUUUAUUUGCUUAACUUUUUAUGUAUAUUCUGAAGUUUUGAAAAAUCAGAGUUUAAUCAAAUUCUACAUUGUAGAAAAAAGUGCGAUCCAAACGUGCAGAACUACCUUAAUAGGCAAUUUAUAAAAUGGCCAGUUUAAUUGUCUUCAGCAAGUAUAAUGUACUAUAAAUGGCUUGUUUUCUGUGGAUGUGUUUAAGCAUAGAUUAUAUUUUGUUUUUCUGCUUCAAAGGAAUGGGGUAUAUUAUAUUGCUCCUGCUAAUCAGUCUAUCCACUUGUAAAUUCAUCUGUAGACCAUCAGUUUCUGAUACCUAAUUGGAGAAGGAUUAUUGUGGUCAAACUUUAAAAAAAAAUUGCCUAUGGUCAGAUGAACCCUGUUAAGGUCCAGGUCGCAGUGGCCAUGAGACUGAAAGUUGCUUUGUUAUCCAUAACUGGAGAAUGCUUGGACAUUUGGCUGCAAACAUUAUGGAUAGUAGAUGACUCCUGUCAUUUUGUAGGUACACAGGUCAAAUGGCAAGGCCUUAGAGAUGACCCCUGUUGUUUUUAGGUAAACAGGUCAAAUGGCAAGGCCUUAGAGAUGACCCCUGUUGUUUUUAGGUAAACAGGUCAAAUGGCAAGGUCACAGUAACCUUUUGACUGUAAUCUUUCCAGUCAAAAACUGGUGAACUCUUAGCAUAUGGCUUUCAAAUUGUAGAUGUUUCAGGCUUGUGGCUAUUAACCUUCAUAGGAUGAUGGUUUGCAGCUAGUGGAUGACCCCUGCCAUUGUGGGGUCAAUAGGACAAGGAUCAAGGAUACAUAAUACUUCAGAAUGAAAGUUUUAUACCCAUUUACCUCUGGCAGGCAUACAUAUUUUAUUACUCUUGUUUGAAUUUUGUUGCAGUUAUGUUGAGCAUUGAUGUAAAUGCUACAUGCUGUUGUUGUGUUUGUUGUGGUGUCAGUAUUCUGAUCUAUCCAGUGUAAUAAUUACUUAAUUCUUGGCACCUUAAUGAAAGGUACAAGUUUGCAUGACAGUUUGCAGGGUUUGAGAAAAUAUUUAUUUUAAAUUAAUCAUAUGGCAAAGAAGGUGCUUAAUACAUGUGUGAUACAAGUUUUCCUUGUUCAGAACAAAAUCAUGUCUGAAACCAGUAAAACUGGAUUUUUUCAAGAUUGGUUUUAAUUUUUUCUAUACAUCUUUCCAAUUUUGUACUAUUAAGUAAGUUGAUGAAUAUUUUAAAUCAUUUGUCAAAUUGUCAUUAGCAAUUAUUUUCAAUGCUAUUUUUUCUAAUUUUUCUAGAUCAGGAUAACGAUAGAAACCAAUUAUGCUUUCAGUGAUUGUAUUAGUUUGCACAAGCAUCAAAUUUUGUAUGAGCGUUAGUAAGUCUCCUGUUAUAAAUGAGAUUGUCAUAAACUACAGAGUAUGUGACAUGAUUUUGUUCUGGCCAUGGUAAAAUAUAUAACACUAUUUUAUGAUUUAAACAUAUAUAUUUAUAAAGCACAACUGAAAUAUUUAUCAAAUCCUUUUGAGUUCUGUGAAACUUGUAAUUAUUUUGGUAAUCACUUGCUUUAAUGAAUUGAAUGUGUUUAUAUUAUGUUGAUUAUGAUAAAUAAACAUCUGAAUAUGCUAAUUAACCUUUAGCCUGCUGGCGGUGAAUAUUUCUGCCUUUGCGACCAGUGCAGACCAAGAUCAGCCUGCACAUCCAUGCGGUCUGAUCAUGGUCUGCACUGUUGGCUGUUCAGUCAGUAAAUUUUCAGCAAACACCCUUCGAAUAAUAAAUGGCAUUGCCAAAAUUGAAUAAUGGACCAGACCAUUUUAGAAAUUUAGUAGGGUAAAGGUUAAGAAAAAUUCAGGAAGUUCAUCAUUGUGAAAUAUCUUGACAUGCUUUUUAAGCAUCAUAUUCAUUUAGAAACAACUAUUUUUUGUGAUAUCUAAAUUUUAGACAAAAGAAGUGGAAGAAGUUCUGAAUUGCUUUAAAUUUGGAAAAAGAUUUUAUACAGAAAGCAGAAGCAUUGUAACAAGUAUACUAAAGGGAGUAAAGAAAGUUCAUUCCAGUUAAGCAAACAGCUGUAUUAUUUUACUGAGAUGUAAAGGACAACAGGAAAGGUACAUACCAUUCACUGAAAGACAACCAAUGAUCAUGUUUUGGGUUUUGCUGUUGGAUAAGUUGAGAUGAAUGUACAACAUUCGGUCAUAAAUCGGUCUAUCUCAUAAUUUUGUUACAGAAAAUGGCAUUUUUUAACUUAAUUUUAUAAUAGUUGAAUUUGUAUUGUACAAAUAAUAAUUCAAGAUCUGAUAUAUAAUGUUUGUGUUAGAGUGGACAAAAGAAGAAGUGCUUGUUAAUUUUCGAGAGUUGAAAAUUUCUGACCUUAGUACAUAGAAUAAAUUGUUUUUCUCUAGUAAGAAAGUCUGAAAUUAACCAAGUUUCUAAAGCAGAAUUAGGCCAACAUAUCAACAUUUAAUAUGACUGAAAAUUAUAUAUGUCUUACUUAUAUGUCAUGGUUUUGCUAUGCUGAAUUACUUUUCCAGUUGGAACAAACUUUCCUUACACCCUUUAGUUUCAGAAUAUGAACUUUUACAGUGGUGCUGCUAACGAAAAAUAGAUUAGUUUAUACUGAAAGCCACUUAACAAUGUAAAAUCAAAAUAUUUUUUGAGGUAAUUUCACUUUAACCAGAAAUGUCUGAACAAGUUUCUUCAGAACCAAGAACUUGUUAGAUAGAAAAGUGGUUGAUAUACAUGUUUUUAAUAUUACUGUAUCUAAAAUCCAUUUUUUAUGAGAUUUACAUUGACAAGUUACAAUGUGUUUUCUCCACAAAUACCUAAUAUGUUAAUACUGUUUAUCUUAUCUGUGCAAUUUCUUUUCUAUAGUGUUGAACAUAAGGCAGAGGUUUUGUUACCAUUUAUAUUUCUGAUUAUCAUGUAAAUUAAUUAAGAGUGAUUUCUUUAUAAUUGAAAAGUAUUAGAGAUACUGAGUACAUAGCUUUCAUAUUGUCAGUCUUAAUGACAGAAAAUUUUGUUCCUAGUCACAUGUCAGGUUUGAAAAUAUGUACGAGUACAGAUAUUCACCAUUCUUAUAUUUUCAGAUUUUCCCAGUUCUGUUUUAAAUCAUGCAGUUAUUUAUUAAGUAUCUAUUGUUACUCUAUUGCCAGUUGCUCAGAAGAAAUUUUCAAAGUGUUCAAAAUGUUUGACUUCUGUAGCCCAAAUUUUGAGCUUUUAGGAAAUCAUGGAUAUGUUUCCCUUAGGUGUAUAUAGGCAGAUUUUGUCUCAAAUUUAAUUGAUAUUAUAAGAUUCUUUCACUGGCUGUAGGUGUAAAUGGGAAUAUCCGGCUCUAGGGUAACUGGAUUUGGCGGUAACGGGGCUCUGUUGAGUUACCGCUUAAACAGUUACCCAAGAGCCAGAUAUUUCUAUGUAUCUACCACUAGUGAUUGAAUUUUUUCUUGCAUGCCAUAUUUAACCAAUAACAGUAAAAAAUAUAUUCAAUUUAAUGAUUUUCUUAUUGCACGUUUUUCCUAUAGUAGCAUAUUAACAAAUGGUGAGAACUUUAUGUCCGUGAACAGGAAGUAUGUCAUGACGUUACAUAGACGAAAACAACGUAAUAGUUCCGGUUUUGUUUUAUCAUCUGCAGUGAAACGUUAUGUUUUUUCCGUUAAAUGACAUUUUUUUAAUCAAGAAAUAUGUUACAAGGAACAAAGAGGAACUAUUGUGGUAUUUGAUUUUUAUCCCAUUUUACGUAAAACAUAAUUAUUACUACACAAAUCUGGUAUGCAGAUGUAGUUCGUUAUACAUCAUUUACAGCUCGAGAGUCAUCUUACACCCCGGAGUGUAAGAUGGAGUUGUCCAGCACCGGUGAAAUCCCAGUUGGGUAUGCAAGAAAUAAAUUGAUGUAAUAUAGCAGUUUAGCUUGCCAAAUUAAAGGCAGAUGUCUUAGUAAAUACACUAUUUAAAUUUGUUGCACCAGAAUCUAGAGCAUUGUAUGUUGUCAGUAUAGUAAAAUUACAUUUUAUGUUGGUCUGUGUUUGUUAAAUAGCUGCUUUUAAUGUUUAAUUAUGGGGAGUGCCAAUAUAUAUAAAACAAUGCAAGUAUGUGAGAUCAAAUGACAGGGAUAUAUGUAUAUCUUUUAUGAUUUAUAAUAAUUGUGACUUUUAAUUUUUUAUAUACAUAAACACUGAGGUGAAUGUUUUUGGUAUAAGACCAAGACAGCUUUAUUUCGCACUUGGUAGGCCACAACUUUUACUGCAUUUGAUGGACUUUGGUCUUGGAGCUAUUUUUAUAUCAGAAAUUGAAUUAAAUUGACCAAUACAAUGUAUUGCAACUGUUGCUAUAGAAAUCAGUGAAAAUUGGGCUAAGGCAAUCAUUAUCCAGUCUUUUGUAGUCCAUCCCUUACAUCUGUACCUGUAUAUAACUGUAACUAGUGUCACUUUCCUACACUGUUCAGGAUUUUUAGACUCAGUAUUUCUGAAAUAUCUGUAUAAUAAUCAUGUUUUGAGGCAUUGCCAUUCCAAACUGAUUAAGACCUGUGAAGAAGCACCUUAAAGAUUUUCAAAUGUUUACAGAUUUAAUUUAUUUUCUAUUAACCUUUGAUGAUGAACAAGGAAUUACUGAUCUGUACUUGUAUAUUUUACCCCAUGCCUGAUAUAAUACACUUAACCAAAGAUAUAUUUUUCUCCAUGCUUUAAACUCUUAGUCUUACCAUAUUUAAAACAGGCAUAUUUCAUAGACUGUAUGGAAAGUUGGAACUUCAUUGAUGUCAGUUUACUGGUACUCACACUACAUUUCAAGGUCAUUCUAUACCCAAUUGGAUUUAAACCAGCUUGCAGGCCAAGACUCUCAUUGGUUUUCAUGUCCUAGUUGUUUCAUUAUAUAGCUACGUCAGUGCUGCAGAAUGAAAUCUAUUAUUUCUAUGGAUCUUUUUUUGGAAGAAUACUGUGAAUUCAUUAAUAUUUUUGGGGGACUACUUUUUAUGUUAUGUUCUGAGCUAAUAAAAUUCCCACUUACAUUGUAUUUAAAUUUGAUAUCUAUUAAUUCAUGUCCCCUCAAACUAGCUGUUUAAGACAAAUAAGAUUUUAAUUUAACAAAAUAAAUGAUGUCGCAGUACAUCUUUAUAGCAAAGAUAUGAGCCGUGCCAUGGGAAAACCAACAUAGUGGCUUUGCGACCAGCAUGGAUCCAGACCAGCCUGCGCAUCCGCGCAGUCUGGUCAGGAUCCAUGCUGUUCGCUAACAGUUUCUCCAAUUCCAAUAGGCUUUAAAAGCGAACAGCAUGGAGCCUGACCAGACUGCACAGAUGCGCAGGCUGGUCUGGAUCCAUGCUGGUCGCAAACCCACUAUGUUGGUUUUCUCAUGGCACAGCUCAUAUUAUUUUUACAAUUUUUUAUUUAAACUACUGAAUGAUGGCACUUCAAUGCAAUAUAUUUGGGUCCCAGAUGUUUGUGUGUAUUUUGUGUGCAUUUUGUGGAGUAUAUAUUUUAUGUUAGAUAAGAGAACGGUUUUGACAAACUAAUUUAUUCUUAAUAAUAAUUUGGCACAAUAAAAUGUAGUGAUGUA